AUAAAAUAUGUGCAAGUCAGAGUAGUAUAGUCUUUGUAAAAUCAUUAAUGUUGUGUAUGAUCAGAUGCAACUGUGUAAUUAAAUCAGAAUGAAGGUUAGGUGAGCCACUACUGAGCAUAAUUAUAUAAACAAAGGUCGACAUUGAAGACCUCAGUCAGCUCAACAGCUGGAAAUGGAAAACAAGUGGAAUUUUCAGGGGAAUGGAGAGCUCAAACCGGAACCACCAACCACGGUUCGAGGAGUUCUCACAAUGAUAAUGCAAAAUCUCAACAAAGAUGAUCCAAGGUCUAUCAUUCCUUUAGGCCACGGUGACCCCUCCGCUUUCCCAUGCUUUCGGACUAGUAUUUCAGCCGAAGAUGCCAUCGUUGAUUCUGUUCGGUCCGGCAAGUUUAACUGCUAUUCUCCCUCAGUUGGUAUUCUACCAGCAAGGAGGGCUAUUGCAGAUUACCUGUCAAAUGAUCUCCCAUACAAGUUAUCGCCUGACGAUGUUUAUCUUACAAUUGGGUGUACACAAGCAAUUGAAGUGGUACUGACAGCUAUAUCCCUGUCAAAUCCUGUUGCCAACAUUCUGCUUCCAAGGCCAGGCUUCCCUUACUAUGAAACUCGUGCAGCCUGUUCCAAUCUGGAAGUUCGUCGCUAUGAUCUGCUUCCAGAACAGGGUUGGGAGGUUGAUCUUGAAGCUCUUGAAGCACUUGCAGAUGAAAAUACUGUUGCCAUGGUCAUCAUCAAUCCUGGAAAUCCUUGUGGAAAUGUUUAUACGUCUCAACAUUUGAAGAAGAUUGCAGAGACGGCAAGGAAGCUUGGGAUUCUUGUAGUUGCUGAUGAAGUGUAUGACCAUCUUACUUUCGCAAAUACCCCAUUUGUGCCAAUGGGGACAUUUGGAUCUGUUGUCCCAGUUCUUACACUUGGUUCUAUAUCAAAGAGAUGGAUUGUACCUGGUUGGAGACUUGGUUGGAUUGUUACCUGUGACCCCAACGCAAUUCUUCAAAAGUCGGGGAUUAUGAAGUCCAUUACAGGAUGUCUCGAAGUCUCAACGGAUGCUCCAACCUUCAUUCAGGCAGCAAUUCCUCAAAUUAUAGAGAAUACAAAGGAGGAUUUCUUUUUUAAAAUAGUUGAGAUGCUACGAGGUGCUGCAGACAUAUGUUUUGAUAAACUUAAUGAGAUUCCCUGCAUUACGUGCCCAAGCAAACCUGAGGGUUCCAUGUUUGUAAUGGUAAAGCUGAAUCUAUCAUUGUUCGAUGACAUUAGUGAUGAUGUUGAGUUCAGCCUCAAACUUGCCAAAGAGGAAUCAGUCAUAGUACUACCUGGUGUGACUGUUGGAUUGAAGAACUGGUUGCGGAUAACAUUUGCUUGUGACCAUUCAAUUCUUGAAGAUGGCCUUGGGAGGAUUAAAGGCUUCUGUGGAAGGCAUGCCAAGAAACAAUAACAUGCAUGUGUACGUUGCAAUUCAGAAUAUGAUGGAGUACAUACAUACCGGCGGUGAUCAACAACUCCUAGUUGGAUCUCAUGCUCCACUCAAAUGCUGGCUUUGACUUUCAAUUAAGACUGAAAUUUAUGAUAUUAGUGGAAAUCAAAUAUUGACUAGUCAGUCAAUUACUGAAAAUGAAUAAAAUCCCUCUGUAUCGUAAGGGUGAUUUAUAGGAGAUCAGCAACUUCUUGUUGCGUCUCGUGCUGUUGCAUGCAGGUAGUUCUUGUAACUUCCUUGAAUUCUUAUGACAAUUGGAAGGGAGUAUUUGUUAGAUAAAUGAAAAACUGGAAUUGGAAGUUUUCUGAGA